CUCGGUCUAGAAUUCUACCCCGGUGAGAAUGUAAAGUUGAACCGGGACACUUGGGAUCUAGUGGCUCUCCGUGAUGGACGUUUCACAAUCUCAACAGAAACUCUCUCGCCCUAUCCCGAUAGUCCUCUCUACCCCCUGGUCAAGGAAGGCCGGGAGUUGCGGAAACCCUUUGUCCAUGUGGUGGCGCCUCCAGCUGAGCCAGUUUUCAAACUGAAACGCAAAUUGUAG